GGCUCCUCCGGCGGGGCUCGGCAUGAGGCUGGCGCGGCUGCUGCGCGGGGCCACCCCGGCCGGCCCCGGCUCCCGGCCGCGCACCGCCAGCCCCAGCGCCAGCCGCAGCCUCGCCUCGGAUUCGGGCUCCGGCCCGCCGUCGGAACUCGGCGUUCCGGGCCAAGUAGAUUUCUACGCGCGCUUCUCGCCGUCGCCGCUCUCCAUGAAGCAGUUCCUGGACUUCGGGUCAGUAAAUGCUUGUGAAAAGACCUCAUUUAUGUUUCUGCGCCAAGAGUUGCCUGUUAGAUUGGCAAACAUAAUGAAAGAAAUCAGUCUCCUUCCAGAUAACCUUCUCAGGACCCCAUCUGUUCAGUUGGUACAAAGCUGGUAUAUCCAGAGUCUUCAGGAACUUCUUGAUUUUAAGGACAAAAGCGCUGAAGAUGCUAAAGCUGUUUAUGACUUUACAGAUACUGUGAUAAGGAUCAGAAACCGACACAAUGAUGUCAUUCCCACGAUGGCUCAGGGUGUGACUGAAUACAAGGAGAGCUUCGGAGUGGAUCCUGUCACCAGCCAGAAUGUUCAAUACUUUUUGGAUCGAUUCUACAUGAGUCGCAUUUCAAUCAGAAUGCUACUCAAUCAGCACUCUUUAUUGUUUGGUGGAAAAGGAAGUCCAUCUCAUCGAAAACACAUUGGAAGCAUAAAUCCAAACUGCAAUGUAGUAGAAGUUAUUAAAGAUGGCUAUGAAAAUGCUAGGCGUCUUUGUGAUUUAUAUUAUAUUAACUCUCCUGAACUAGAACUUGAAGAACUAAAUGCAAAAUCACCAGGACAGCAAAUACAAGUGGUUUAUGUACCAUCCCAUCUCUAUCACAUGGUGUUUGAGCUUUUCAAGAAUGCGAUGAGAGCAACUAUGGAACACCAUGCUGACAAAGGUGUUUACCCCCCUAUUCAAGUUCAUGUCACACUGGGUAAUGAGGAUCUGACUGUGAAGAUGAGUGACCGAGGAGGUGGUGUUCCACUGAGGAAAAUUGACAGACUCUUCAACUACAUGUACUCGACUGCUCCCCGGCCUCGUGUUGAGACGUCCCGUGCAGUGCCCUUGGCUGGUUUUGGUUAUGGACUGCCUAUAUCACGUCUUUACGCACAGUACUUCCAAGGAGACCUAAAGCUGUAUUCCUUAGAGGGCUAUGGGACAGAUGCAGUUAUCUACAUUAAGGCUCUGUCAACAGAAUCGAUCGAAAGACUUCCUGUGUAUAACAAAGCUGCCUGGAAGCAUUACAACACUAACCAUGAAGCUGAUGACUGGUGUGUCCCCAGCAGAGAGCCAAAAGACAUGACAACAUUCCGUAGUGCUUAGAUGCACCCAGGAUACCUGAAAAGUCCAAGUGUGAUUUUGUUCAAUUGGAAGGGGUGGUAUUCAGAACUGCAUUUCACCAAAUACUUCAUAUGUCAUUUUCACAGUUAACUCUUGGGUAGACUAAAUGGGACCUAAUUCCAUUCAUGCCUGCUAAACCUCCUGAUGGGUGAAAUUACACCUGUUUUACACUGAUGUUCUCAGUUAUCUGGAUAUAUUUUUAAGCAACUGUAACUUUUGCCAACUUUCCAAUUGGCCUCUGACGUGUGGAGUCUUUGAGUUUCUAUCAGAAUCUGGGUAGUUUUUUUUUUUUUUUUAAAUAGUUUCAUUUAUAUCUACUAGAAACAUUUUCUAAAGAUGACUGGUUAGCCCUCUUUCUGUUACUUGAAGGAGUUCUACAACCUUGAUUGAGUAGUGACAUCUAAGGUGAGCUUCAUGUUUACUAGUAAAGCAGAACAUGGUUAAGUGUAAAACCAGCUGCCUUUCAGCAUCUGUGUGCAUUGUUUAGCUCUGAAGUUAACUGAUUGUUUUCUAAUCUUACUGCAAUGGAUUGUAAUGACUUGUUCCUUAUGGAUCUAUACCAAGAUCAUGGGCAGUCUCUUCUGAGUGCUUAUGAUUAAUUCAAGGGAAACUUUCUGCAAAGAGCAAAUAUUAAAAUUAUAGAGAAUAAAUUAAAGGCAAAGCAGUGACCCCCCCUCCCCCCAAAACUGAAUUAACCUUCUGCUCAGAGCACCUGAGCAAGCUUUUGGGAAAAAAAAAAAACUCCUGAGGGAAUUUUUCAGAAUCCUACUCUGGACAUACUGAGGCAAAAUCCCCAGGGCUGGAGCCCAGCGAUCUCAAUGUCUAGAACACUAGGUGAAACCACUCUUUAAAGUGAAUAGUGAUGCCCUGUCUUGUCAGAGUGACAGAGAAAUUGUUAUAUUCUGGUUACCACAUAUUUAAAGGUCAGAUUUCUAGACUGGGAGAAACCAACUGAAUCUUAGGCCUGGUACAGUUCGAAUCAUAAUUAGAAGCAGGAGGAAAAGUUGACUGUAGGAGAAGAGUCAGGUAACCAAAGGGUCACUUUGUUUUUAGUUUAAGUGGUGACAAAGGAUAUGUAUUAUUCUUAAAAAAAAAAAAAAAAAAAAA